AUGGCUUCCUUGAAACUGCUCGUGGGUGCCCUAAGUCGAACCACUUGGAUAUUGCCUUGCGCAUUUUCGGGAGGUAGAGAAGGUGAAGAGUUUGAUCGACGAGGCUUUGCUAAGAGGCUGGUUUCCGAGCCUGGACAAUUACGGAUCAAUGGCAAUCGACUUUUCGCGUCGAAAAAAGGACUUUCGAGGGGAACAAGAUGCUCGAUGAGAUGCAUAAGAGAGGGCUCGUGGCAUGUUUUGCCGGAAUACGAAGCUGAGCAUAGGCCCAAAAAUGUACACUAUUUUUCAGUCGCCAAACAUUUCUACCCUUCGAAGAGUUGCCCUUGCCUCGUAGAUCCCAUCUCCAUGGAUGAGAUUGAGCUAAAAACUGCUCCUGCUGAUUUUCGGUUCCCAACCACAAAUCAAACCAGGCAUUGUUUCACCCGUUACAUUGAAUUUCACAGGUGUGUGGCUGCUAAGGGUGAAGAAUCUGAUGAUUGUGGUAAAUUUGCCAAAUACUACCGUUCCCUUUGCCCUGGCGAAUGGAUUGAUAAGUGGAAUGAGCAGAGGGAGAAUGGAACGUUCCCGGGGCCUCUGUAG